AUGAACAGAGUGAAUCAACAAGAAGCGGACCAGAACCCUGAGGCUACUCUUUAUAUAGGCAACCUUGACGAGAACGUCACAGAAGCGAUUCUGUAUGAACUUAUGCUUCAAGCGGGCCCUAUCGUGCACAUCAAUCUUCCUAAAGACAGAGUCAGCCAGACACACCAAGGCUAUGGCUUCGUGGAGUACAAAACAGAGGCUGAUGCAAAUUACGCAGCGUCUAUUAUGAACCAAAUCUGGCUGUUCGGAAAAUCCAUUCGAGUCAGCAAAUCUGCAUCCGACAAGCAAAACGGGUUUGAGAUUGGAGCAACACUUUUCGUGGGAAGUUUGGAUCCUCUCGUAGAUGAGUCUACACUACAGCAAACGUUCUCUGUGUUUGGACCAUUUGCCAAACCCCCUCGAAUAUCUCGUGACACAGAUGGUUCUUCAAAAGGGUACGGUUUUGUGUCUUUUACUGAUUUUGAACAUUCAGACCGUGCAUUGGAAUCAAUGGACAAACAGUAUCUCAUGAACCAGCAAAUAACAGUCACAUAUGCCUUCAAGCACGAUGGAAAAGGUGGGAGACAUGGCGACGAAACUGAACGAUUGCUGGCUCUUCAAGCGAAAAAGAACCAAUACAUCGUUCCCCAACAGGCAAUCCAAGCUCCGCCUCCAGGAGCAACAUCUCGGAGGGGCUAA